GCUGUUCUCUGUCGAUGACUUGAUGAAGUCAUGGUUCAAGGACGACCGACUGCGAGCAAUCUUUACCUUCCAGACCCUCUACGUUGGCUUGACUCCCUACAAUUCCCCGGGGGCUCUCUGCUUGCUGGCGGGCACGGACCUCACGGAUGGUGUGUGGUACCCCGUGGGAGGGUGGCAGGGCGUGAAGAACACGCUCGCCUCCCUCGCAGAGGGCCACGGUGUGGAGAUAAAGACGGGUGCGGAGGUGGACGAGGUUCUGGUAGAGGGCGGCAAGGCUGUGGGCAUCCGCCUGAAAAGCGGAGAGGAAGAGAAGGCCGACGUCGUCGUGGUAAACGCCGACACGCCGUGGGCAUACAAGAACCUGCUUCACAAUGUACAG